CCUUCUGUUUUUUCCUGAAAGGAAAAUGGAAAGAUUACCUCCUAAUAUCUUUCAACCGCAAUUAAUGGGUUUUAAUGUUAUCUUCUUCAAAUCAAAAGUGGUUUGUGACUCAAUCAACCCACGCCCACAGCAAUAUUUGGCGGGGUCGCUCGCUAUUCAGGCGGAUUUGUUGACGUCAUUUGUGAAAAGUUUACUCGUCCUUCCGCUAGCUCGCUUCACUUUCGGUCAAAACUUGGCCAACACCAACUUCGAGACUGAAACCAGCAAUCACGUUAUUACUACCAAUGGAGCUUAGACUACUAAGGAAUACCCUUCAUUUUGCAUCUAUUUUAACUCUUGGUAAAGUUUUCGCCUUCAACUUGGACGUGAAAUCGGCGGUCACCUACGAUGGCCCUGCCGAAAGUGAUCUGUUUGGUUAUUCUGUAGCGACACAUUCCUACAACGGUCAGAAGUGGUUAUUAGUUGGGGCACCUCUCAGUAACGUAACUUCUACAAAUGGACAGAAAACCUUAAUCAAGUACGGAACCGUGUUUAAAUGUCAAUACCAACUCGGAUCGAAUUCAUGUUCAGAAAUCGUGAUGGAUCAUCAAACACCGAAGGAAGAGGUACAUCAGUUAGGUAACAGGACCGUUGUUGUUGAAGUCGAAAAGAAAACUGAGCAGUGGUUAGGGGCGACGUUGCAUAGCACUAGCGAGAACGGAAAAGUGGUGACUUGUGCUCCUCGGUACAUGGAGGCACCGUUCACCCGCAAGGAAGGAAUUAUCGAUCACCGGUACAUCGCUUUGACAGGAAGGUGUUUCUUGAUGUAUAGAGACCUCACAGUUCAACGAGAGGCGAUUUCCCCAUGCGAAGGGAAAGUAGGACAUCCUCUCGGUUACUGUCAAGCAGGGCUCAGCGCUGAAUUCAGUGCAGAUGGCGAGGAGUUACUUAUGGGCACCGUUGGAGUUUCCGUUGGCAGAGGUGGUUUGGCUGCCUAUUCUUUGUCUGCGGAAAAGAGUAUUUUCUCGCCGAUUACUAAGUUAAAAAUAGACGCCUACAUGGGUUAUGCAAUUUCAAGCGGUAAUUUUUUGAGCCAAAAAUCAACAGAAUUUAUUGGAGGUGCACCAAGAGCAAAUGGCAUUCGUGGAAAAGUUGUGUUGUACAAGUAUUCGCCGGAAAGAAACGACAUCGGAAUCACUUCGGAGAUUCUUUCACCACCAGAAAUUAAAGUUGGGAGUUAUUUUGGAAGCUCGAUCUGCGUGGUUGAUCUAAACAAUGACAAAUUUUCAGAUUUACUGGUCGGUGCCCCAAGGGCAUCAGAUAGCGAUAAGGGCCGGGUAUUUGUUUACGUUAACAACAAGAUGGGUGCGCUUGAUGUGCAAGAUCCACUUGGUCUAGUUGGUGAUGACACGCCGUAUGGCCAGUUUGGAAGAGCGAUAGCAAGAGUCGGAGAUCUAAACAAAGACAGCUUCCAAGAUGUUGCAAUUAGUGCCCCUUUCGAAGACAACGGCGCUGUCUACAUUUACCACGGCUCCAGCAAUGGAAUUAACUUUACAUACAAACAGAAACUGAGAGGUUCAUCCGUGGAUACGGGACUGAGAUUAUUUGGCUCAAGUCUCGCUGGAAUUGUUGACAUGGACGACAAUGGGUAUCCAGAUAUCGCCGUUGGAGCGUACGGAUCGAAUAAAGCUGUUCUGUUUCGAACUCGUUCAAUCGUGAAUGUCGAAGGAGAGAUUCAGCUGAGUAGAAAUCAGAUCGUCGUAGAGAGCGAUGACAAUUUGUGUCUUUUGGAUGGAGGGAAAUAUUAUAAAUGUUUGAACCUUUCUUUGUGUUUCACAAACAAGGAUAAAGGAGCAGCAAACUUUUCAGGACUGGGAAUAACCUAUUCAGUUGAUCUAGACCGCGUUAAAGUUGUCAGAGGGACGAACUUUUUUCGCCGCAUUUUCUUCCUGGAGGAGGUCAGUGGAAACAAAGUACACACAAUAAAAGGCGUUCAAAAUCUAACCAAACAAGGAGAGCGUCAAUGCACCCCACCGAGGACUGUUUACCUAAAGGAAAAAGACAGCCUUGCAGAUGUUGCUUCUUCACUAACAUUUGAUCUUGAUUUUGGGUUGGUUGAGUCUUGUGGCAAUACUCUUUGUCCGGUGUUCAACGAUUCUCUUUUAACAACUCACAGGGCGAAGGCAUUUUUUAUGAAGAGGUGCAAGAAUCAAAAGGUCUGUGUACCUGACCUAGCAGUGGAGGGAAAAGUGCUUUUAGUGGGGUACGACGAAAAUCCUAGAUUUGACAGUCAGUUAAAAUUAGGUCUCGUGAAAGACCUGAUUCUUCAACUGACAGUAUCAAACAAGGCCAUUGAUUACGCUUAUUACUCCAAACUCGUAGUGAAAUACCCAAGCUCACUGAGUUAUCAAAGAACUGGCGACUGCGAACACGAACGCAGCUCAGACAAUGACACUCAGUCCCAGCUCUCCAUCAUCUGUGACGUAGAAAAGGUGGCUCUUCCAGGACAAAGUAAUAAAAAUUUUAGUCUCAUAUUUUCAGUGGCUUCAGUAGAGGAAGAUAUCUCUAUUACUGUCACAGCUGAAAGCCAAGACUUAGAUGUCAAUGAAGAAGACAACAGCAAGGAAUUCUUUAUGGCUGUGAAGUAUGAAGCAGAUCUGGAGAUUAAAGGUUAUUCAAAACCAGACCAAGUCAUCUACUCAGGAUCCGUGAAAACGCAGGAGAAAGUCAGAGAGUUUCAAGAGGAGAUUGGACCCGAGAUUGUUCAAACCAUCAAGGUUAGCAAUCGUGGUCCCAGCGUGGUAGACUGGUCUCAGUUGACGAUCACUGUACCUAAACUGUUGAAUAAGGAAGAUCCUGAAAGUUUUCUCUUGUAUCUUCUUCAAGUUGAGGUCAUUGGCUCAGGAAGCUGCAGCGCUGUUGUGAAUCCUUUGAACAUUAAGUCAGUACAGUUAAACGAAUCCACCAGCAUCGAGAAUUCCGUAAAACAGAGGCAGACACGUGACGUUAAGAGACUGAGCUGUGGAGAAGUCGGUUGCCAAUCGUUCCAGUGCAGUUUGGGACGUCUGAGACAGGGCGAUAAAGUAGAGAUCAAACUGACAUCUCGACUGUGGCAGAAUACACUCCUAAAGCUCAAUAAACUAGCAGUAGUGGAGGUUGAAACGAUUGCACAAGUACAGCCUCCAGCUAAAGUCACUCAGCCGGACGAAAAGAAUGAUGCUGUAACGAUCAUUCUCACAGCCAAGCCUGAACGCGCUGUUGCCAGUAAAAAAUCCACCCCUUGGUGGGUAUACUUGGUCUCUGCUCUGGGUGCUGUCAUUUUGCUCGGAGUCGCAUUUUUUAUCCUAUAUAAGCUUGGUUUUUUCAAACGGAAAAGUAAAUCACUAGAAUUAACACCUGAGGAGCUCCUUCCUAUGAAGAAAGUAUAAUUUCAAGAAUCAAUCAAUCAAGAUUUCAACGACGAAGGCGACCCCUCUCAAAAAGGCCUCAGCUGCUCAGAGGACACGAAAAUAAAAAACGAUGCAGAAAGGUGGGGAGAGGGGAGGGGCCUGAUCGGCGCAUAUGGAAGAUAGAAACAGGUACCAUGUAAAAGGGUACUUGUUUCAAUCCCUGGGUUUACUUUAAUUCACGGAACAAUCAGACUAUCUGUACAAGACAUACAAGGAUGCUUUCCCAGAAGUUUGUUCCUCAAUUUUCAGAGAAAUGAUAUAAACUUAGGCAAUAAGCCAUUUCAAACGACCAAAUAGCUUGCUAAGUUGGCUGAAGAGGAUUUUAUGUCAUAUCUUUCCUAUGGCUCAGUGAAGUGAAACGAAGUGGCUUUUUUUCAAAUAAAUGGAAGGGAGAAGUGUUUUCAUUAUUCAAACUGGAUUACCUUGACCUCCUGGCUGAGCAUCCUUGUUCAUACCCUUUUUAGUCCUUUCCACCCUGACAUCAGUAUGCAUAUUCUCCAUACUGUUCCCUUUACAUUUCCUCUGGUUCUGACAAGGAGAAUUUGUUCAGUUAGUAAUCGAAAGUUGUUGUGAGUUUGUGAUCAUUUACUAUAUUCUCCUGACCUCUACGUUUGAGUUAGUGAUGAUAGUGUUAGGAUAAAUUAGGUGCUAGACAAUUGUUUGGGGUAAAAAGAUUAAGAAACCAGUUGGCGUUUUGCGCUAUCGUUGUAAAAUAAGGUAAUUGGUUAUAUCAACUAAGUUGAAAUUGUAAAUUGGCCACCGUAA